AUUGAGACAUUACCAUUAAAAGCACCGUUUAUUUGAAGCCAAGUGUUUACUCACCAUUUGACCUGGAGACGUUUGUGUGUGUGUUUGCUGACUAAGAAUGAUGUCUGAGAAGGAAGUCAUGGAAAGAUACGGCCACAGCAGCCUGGUGCUUGUGGUCUACAUCAUCACCUUGCUGAUUGGCUUCCCCGCCAAUGUUGUGGCCUUUUGCACCUUCAGCAAGAAGGUGAGGCAGAAAGCCAUGCCCGUCGACAUCCUGCUCCUCAACCUGACCAUCUCGGACCUCGUCUUCCUGCUCUUCUUGCCCUUCAAGAUCAAAGAGGUGGCGGACAACAUGAAAUGGAUCAUGCCCCACUUUCUGUGUCCAUUGACCAGCUUCGUCUUCUACACCACCAUCUACAACAGCACCUUCUUUCUGACGGCAAUCAGUGUCGAACGCUACCUGGGAGUGGCCUUUCCCAUCAAGUACAAACUAAAAAGACGGCCUUUGUACGCCAUGGUGGCUAGCGUCUUCUUCUGGGCAAUCUCCAUGGCGCACAUUAGUAUUGUCUACAUCAUUCAAUAUUUCGACUAUUCCAACACCACCCGGAGAGACCCUUUGAACCUGGACAUGUGUUAUGAGGAUUUCACCCCGGAGCAGCUGCAAGUCCUGAUACCUGUCCGUCUGGAGCUCUUCCUGGUUCUAUUCUGUGUACCUUUCUUUAUCUGCUGCUUCUGCUACAUCAACUUCAUCCGAAUCCUCUCUCAGCUGCCCAGCAUCAACCGCAAGAAGCGUCAGCGGGCCAUCGGCCUGUCUCUGGGGACCCUGCUGGUGUUUAUCGUCUGCUUCGCACCCUACAACUUGUCACACGUAGUGGGCUUUGUCAACUGGGAGAGUACCACUUGGCGGGUGGAAGCACUCUUGUCCAGUACCGUCAACGCCAGCCUGGACCCCAUCAUCUUCUACUUCUCCUCAGCGGCGCUCAGGUCUACCUUCCACCUCUUCAUGAAGAACCUGGCGGAGAGGAUGCAGCGGUUGUUCUUCUGCAAUAAGGUCCUCUACUGCCCCCUGUUGUUCUGCUCCAGAACUCAGAAGGACAGCACACCAAGCACCAAUGACAGCUCCUUAUAGUGUACGUGUCAAACUCAUACCACAGAGGACUGAAUGUCUGCGGGUUUUCGCUCCUCCCUUGUACUUGAUGGAUGAAUUAAGGUCACUAAUUAGUAAAUAGCUCCCCUUACCUGGUUGUCUAGGUCUUAAUUAAAAAUAAAAAAAAUAAAACCUGCAGACACUAGCUCCUCCAUGGAAUGCGUUUGACACCCCUAUUAUAGUGUGUAGUCAAGCCAUAUGCUACACAUGCUAAAUGCUAGCCUGUUCAAUGUAUUUAUUGCACUUAGGUUCUUAUUGAAAAGACUGAGGACUUUGCUAUCUGUCUUUAUAAGUAGCCUAUACAUUAAUCAGUGCCAGUCGGUGCCAAUUAGGAUGAGGGAGGAUGCUACUUUUUUUAUGAGCAUAGCCUUAUUUCUAUUACAGAAUAUUGGAUGACUGUCAUUCAUUUUCCAUUCCCCCAGCCCAAUGUAACAUCGAUAGUUUUGGGCUACUGUAUGAUAGUCAAAUUUGACCUAUACCCAUCAUGAGUUUGCAACAAACUAGCCUAUGAAUGAAAAUCUACAACGUAGGCACUCUUGCUUGCAUCUAGCUGACCAAGGGUGUAAUCAUUAGUCUAACAUUUGCAAAUGAGAGUUUCUAUUGGGCAAAUUCAGGUAUGUUUAUCCCCUUUAUGUUCCAUUUGCUUCUGUUUAAGAAACAUUUUUCCAACAGAAUCGGCGGAAUGAAUACACCCCUGAUCAUACGAAAACAGUUCACUUUCAAAGCAGCCUUAUGUAGACAGCAUGAUCACGUUGCUCGUUGUUUAUAUAAUUCCUUGUUUAUAUAAUUCCUAUAGUUCCUGUUUAUAUAAUUCCCAACUAUCCAUGCGCUUUCCUCCUCUCACCUUUUACCUUUGCUUGUGGACUUCAGUGCAUAACACUCGUCUGUGACCAGGAAAAAAACACUUUCCAAGCCAAACCUUCAUAUCAUGACUACUAACCGCUACAUACAGACUACAUCAUUGUCACCUCAUAGUCAAUAUAGCUACUAGUUCUAGAACUAACAAGUUAGUAAACCCGGUACAAUUAUGCAGUACAGUGUACAGUCACAAAGCAGUUUAACAGUUCCACUGCGGGUGCUGGUGGUAAUACAUUAUUCAAACCAAAAGCUUACCUAGAUUUGGAAGAGUUCCAGUGUUGGAUAGCCAUAGCCAGCUAGCUAACAUAGCAUCACUCUCUAUUUGAGCCAGGUCUUUGAGUAUCUAGCUAGCUGCAUCCAGCUAGCUUAAGUGAAAGUGAAGUUUAAAAAAAUAUGAACAAAUAUAGCUAGCUAGUUCUCUCUCUCUCUUGCUUCUCUUUAAUAUUUGAAUAAAUACAUAUUUUCAAAACUGUUAAACUAUUCUAUCUUUGAGUCAACUAUUCACCACAUGUUAUGCACAGCUGUGCUAGCUAGCUGUAUCUUAUGCUCUCAGUACUAGAUUCAUUAUCUGAUCUCUUGAUUGGUGGACAACAUGUCAGUUCAUGCUGCAAGAGCUCUGAUAGGUUGGAGGAUGUCCUCCGGAAGUUGUCCUAAUUACUGUGUAAGUCCAUGGACAGGGUGAGAACCAAGAGACUCCUAGGUUUUGCAUUGACGUCAAGGAAGCUAGCUGUCCUCCAGCUACACCAUGGUGCACUACAGAGUGCUGCUGAGGCUACUGUAGAACUUAAUUGUGUGUUUUAAUGAAUUAUUUGGUAACUUGAAUAUAUUUAGUAAAGUUUUAUCUAAACAUGCAAACUUUUUAAAUGUUCCACUAUUAUCAUUUUAUGAAAUUUACUGAGGAGCAUCGUCCUCCCCUUCCUCAUCUGAGGAGCCUUCACUGACAUUAAUGUAUGUGUAGUAUGCAUUUAUAUGUGCAUUUAUAAGCUUUUGAAGGUUUUAUAUAAUUUCUGUUCCCCUUUAUUUUAUGACUUUUUUUUACUGAUGACAUUAAAAUCUCUUUUUGCAUCAUA